AUGGUAGAGACAUCAUCCAUUAUAGCACUACUGAAACGUCUGGACGCGGUGACGACAAAACUGGAAGACCAGGCCAUGGCUGGUGCGUCAGCCGCAGACGUAUCGUCGUCCCUGACAGGAAGCGGAGGGGUUGUAGGCGCAGGAGGACCUCGACCUUCUCAGUCCUUGGCAGUGCCUCCCAGCGGUGUUAACGGUGGCAACAGCGGAGGAGUAUCACUGGGGGGCUCGCCAAGUAUCAAUGGCGUGUCGAUAACAGCCAGCAACGUACCGGCGGUGGUCGAUGGGUAUGACGAGCUUGUGAAUGGACCACUCAAGGUGUUUUCUGAGCUCAGUCAUGCUAUCGGAGGACUUGUCGAGGAGCAGGCAGACCAUGUUGGCAAGCUGCUGGCAGCACAAAGAGAGAUGAUCAUGAUCGCAGCAUCGAGUCACAAACCACCCAUGACCUCGGACGUCUUCCGCCUCCUCCUCGAACCCACCCAACAAGAACUGACCCAAGUCUUGGAAAUCCGUGAGAACAAUCGAAGCAAUGCCUAUGCCCCGCAUUUGUCGACUCUGGCCGAGGGCAUCCGAUGCUUUGGCUGGGUGUCAAUAGAAUCGAAACCGACAACAUACAUUGGACAAGUCAAGGAGGCGGCACAGGGGCAUGCAAGCAAAGUGAUAACCGAGUGGCAGGAAAAGGACGAGAACCACGUUCAUUGGGCGCAUGAGUUUAUUCGGUUGUUGACAGAGCUCCAGUCUUAUGUCCGCAAGUACCAUCCAGCAGGACUUGUUUGGAACCCAAAGGGAACUCCACUGGAUAUCAACAGACUGACACGGACGGAAAGCAACACAUUCACAGCAGGAGCAGACGGUACAUCAUCGUCGUCUUCGCCAUUUCCUCCACAGCCACAGCUCGCACCUGCUAUUUCUCAGGCUGCUGUUCCGUUGAGUUUGCUGCCGACCAGGGAUGCCGACAUGUCGGCCGUUUUCGCACAAUUGAACCAAGGAGAGACCAUCACUUCGCAUCUGCGACCAGUCGACAAUACUAGGGCGCCUCGUAGACCUUCAGGAUCCGGCAUCUCGAGGGCGGAGGGCAAAUCUUUAAGCAAGGAGUACUUUGAGAACAACAACGACGUGGUCCUCGAUGGUGCCGAGUUAGGUCAAUCCGUGUACAUCUUUGGCUGUCAAAACUCGACCAUCCAGAUCAAGACCAAGGUCACGACGGUGGCGAUGGAUUCCUGUACAAAGACGGGGCUCUGUGUCGAAUCCCUGAUCACCUCGCUCGACGUCGUCAACUCCAAAUCGGUUCAGCUCCAAAUCCUAGGAAAUGCACCGACGGUGAACUUGGAUAAGGUCGAUUCUUGUAUGGUCUAUUUGUCCAGAGAGUGCAUGGACGCAACGGGGAUUUUUACAACUAAAACCAGCGAUGUGAAUGUCUUGACACCUGCUCCAGUACCUGAGCAGCAGCAGCAGCAGCAGCAGCAGCAAACUGCGGUUACGACGGCAGCAGGGACACUAACAACAGAGUCUAUUGAAUAUGUCGAGCGAUCGGUCCCUGAGCAGCUGUUUACGAGGAUGGUGGAUGGCAAGAUGGUCACUAGUAUCGUCGUGCAAGGGUAA